AUGACAGAAGCUGUAAACAACAAGGCCAUUCCAUUCGAGGCAUUGCCACUGGAUCCUACUGGUCCGCGUGGAAAUGCCUGGGGUCGAUUUGGACCAGAUGACGAGCUUGGUACGUUGAAUCUGCUUACGCCAGAGGUCAUCGUCGAGGCUGCAAAAGAGAUUCGAACGGGGGUGCGCAUCUCGCUGGACUGGCCGCUCAGCAUGCCCACCUAUCCUAGCUUCAAUCGCGAUCCCUUUAAGCAGGAGCUCAUUCUUCGAAAACCAAAUUGCAUUUAUGAUGACGUUCUCACCUUCAAUAGCCAGGGGUCUACCCAGUGGGAUGGAUUCAGGCAUUAUGCCAACCAGAAAAUGAGACGCUUUUAUAAUGGACAUACCACCGAGGAGAUCGAGUGUUCGGAUGUGAUUGGCCUACACACUGUGGCUGAACACGGCGGCAUCACCGGCCGGGGCGUUCUACUUGACUUCGCCGACUGGGCCUCCUCAAACUCCAUCUCAAUCUCAGCCCUCCAAUCUGAGCCGAUUACCGUUGAAAAUAUCAAACAGGUUGUCAAAGACCGCCAACUCGAGUUCCGACAGGGUGACAUCUUGUUCAUCCGAAGCGGGUUCACCGCGGCCUAUAAUCAACUCAACGACCAGCAGCGGAGGGAUCUUGCGCACCGCCCUUCACCCGACUUUAAUGGCGUAGAAGCAACCGAGGAUCUCCUGCGAUGGCUGUGGGAGCAUCAGUUUGCCGCCGUGGCCGGUGAUGCUCCAAGCUUCGAGCGCGCUCCUAUCCGAGGCAGUCAUGCCGACCCGAAUUUCAAUGUCCACGAAUGGGUAUUGGCAGGAUGGGGAACCCCAAUCGGAGAGAUGUUCGAUUUGGAGAAAUUAUCUGAGCAUUGCAAAGCGACGGGGCGAUAUAGCUUCUUCCUCUCCAGUAUGCCUCUUAAGGUUGUAGGCGGCGUCGCCAGCCCGCCAAAUGCCUUUGCUAUAUUUUGA